AGUGACACCUACCGCCGUUCAGAGGGCAGCAGUGACACCUACCGCCGUUCAGAGGGCAGCAGGGACACCUACCGCCGUUCAGAGGGCAGCAGGGAGACCACCUACCGCCGUUCAGAGGGCAGCAGGGAGACCACCUACCACCAUUCAGAGGGCAGCGGUGACACCUACACCAGCGGCCGAAAAUGGCAAACAUGAAGACUCGAAACCUACCGUGCAGAAGCCAGAAAACAGGGGUCAGAAAACAUUAGGACCUACUGCACUGAAAACAGGACAUAUCACACAGAAAACAGUAGGACCUACCGCGCAGAAUACAGUACCAACUGUACAGAAGGCCGUAGAGAUACCAACCCCUAUGUCCAAAAAUGGUAAACAUGAGGACUCCAAACUUACUGUACAGAAUGCAGUAGUACCUACCGUACCGAAGGCAGACAUGCCUAGACCCAGUGUACCAAAGGCAGCGGUGGUACCUAUAUCUUCCCCCAAAACUGAGCAGAAAGCAGAAGCGCCACCUACGGCCAAAACUGGCGAAGAUGAGGAUUCCAUAGCACCAGUGUCCUCCCCUCCCUCUGAAGAGCCCCCAAGAGAUUCUGUUGACCAAGAGCAGUGUGAAGAAAAGCCUGCUGUUACUGAGAUUAAACCCGCAUCCCCAGAGGUCAAGACAGAGGACAAGACAACAACAGAGAAGGCCUCUGACUCUGGGGUCGUUCAAUCAGCAGGUAAUAGCAGUCCCCUCUCUGACGAACGUCUGCAGAAAGAAAUCAAGAAACUAAAGGAGACCGACAAAGACGGAAAUCAAGCCAUUAUUGAUGCAGGGCAGAAGCACUUUGGCCCAGUAACCUGCGGUGUGUGUGGGAUGCUGUACUCCGCUGCCAACCCAGAGGAUGAAUCCCAGCAUUUGCUAUUCCACAACCAGUUCACCAGUGCUGUCAGAUAUGUGGGGUGGAAGAAGGAGAGGAUUUUGGGGGAGUACCCCGAUGGUAAGAUCAUCCUUGUCCUUCCAGAUGACCCCAAAUAUGCACUGAAGAAGGUUGAGGAGAUUAGAGAGAUGGUGGACAAUGACCUGGGCUUCCAGCAGGUUGAGACCAAGUGUCCCUCCCAGACUAAAACCUUCCUGUUUAUCUCCAAUGACAAGAAGGUAGCUGGGUGCCUUAUUGCUGAGCACAUUCAGGAGGGCUACAGGGUCAUUGAGGAGGCGGUGCCCGAGGGCUCGGAGGGAGAGAAGGUGAUGUUUGAGCGUCAGAGAGCCUGGUGCUGUUCCACCAACCCAGAGCCAGCCCUCUGUGGCAUCAGCCGCAUCUGGGUCUUCAGCAUGAUGAGACGGAGGGGCAUCGCCUCACGCAUGAUCGAGUGUCUCAGGAACAACUUCAUCUACGGCUCCUACUUGAGCAAGGAGGAGAUCGCUUUCUCCGACCCCACGCCCGACGGGAAGCUCUUUGCUUCACACUACUGUGGCACCUCGCAGUUCCUGGUUUAUAACUUUGUCAGUGGAACUCGUUCAGACCAACCAAGCCCAAAUUUGGUGUAACCAAUCGCAUCAAGGUGGAUUUUUGCUGAGGCCCAGUGUGACUCCUCACCAACCAAUCUUGUCGUGGACAUCCUGUCACAAGCACAUUGUGGCUCUUUUAGACUGAACGUUUAGACUCAUCAAAGACUACUGUACUGACUCUUCUGAGGAGAAAUCUUGGUUUUUAAUCUCAGGUUGAAAACAACAAGGUGUUGUUUAAAAGAUUUAAAAUCUCCCUUUAAUCCCUGCAUAGUAUUUUGAGACAAAUAAUAUUUUUAUUUAUGUUUUUUAAAUAAGAAACAAGCUUUUAUUGGCAGUAUUAAAGAGUUGACAUGCAUUAAGCUUGACAGCAAUAGAAAACAAAGAGCAUUUCACAAUUCAUAGUUUUUGAAGAUGCACUUAAUUUUACUCAAACGGUUCUAAAACAAUGUUGUCCUGUUCUAAUAAUGCUUUUCAUUCACGUUGAGCAUCUUAAAAUGGUUAAAGUUGCUAAUAUUAUGAUGAGUUGUCAUGUGUACACAAGGGGUUGUUCUUACACACUUCCAUGUUCAUCAUCUCUUUACUUUUAACGAAGGGAUGCGUUGACCACCUGAGGUUCCAUUAUGUGAUACAGAGUACAUUAUUGUUAAGGUCACUCUCACAGAAUUUAUCAGAAUGUGGUUGUUUUGAUUCUGUUGAGUGAAGUUUUUACUCACCAUUUUCUUCACUUCAUGAUUGUUCUCAGUCUUGCUGCCAUGUGUCCUAAUCAUGUCCAUUAUUAAAAUGGAGAGUCCUAUUUGGGAUAGUUAUCCUCCUUAGGCAGUAAGUAGCAUGGACUAGCAGGAAGAAAAACGGAGGUAAUAAUGGUUAGAUUACUGUACGGGGCAUUUUUCUGUAGUGCUUCUAGUCAAGGCUCUUUACCCAAGUUGCCUCAGAAAUAUAUCUAACUGCAGAAAUGUUAAAUGUGAGCUGUGAUUAUAAGUGAAUUGGCAAGGCAGUGAGCAUUCGCUCGUUUCUGCCUGUGUAUGUUUGUGCCUACCGUGAAUCAUAAACCUCAACCUGACUGUUAGAUUUCACUGACAGACUGAUCGUACUGUAGACUCCCACAAAUGUUCUCGUCCAAACUGCCUUUAUAUGAGCCCGACCCCCCCCCCCCACCACCACACCUGAAAUCACAAUUUUUUUUAUAAUUGACCAUUUCUUCUAUUGGCAGAACAUUUUAUUGUUAUUCACAUUUAGGACCUCAUUGAUAAUACAUUAAGAGUUAAAAGUAAAUCACGUAAUAUGAAUAAUAUAAAUAAUGCCGUUGAAAGGGUUUAAAAGCUCAGGGUUAUUUGGUUUUUUGAGGGAGUUGAAAACACCAUCCAUGUCAAAGGUGAUUAUCACAGCAAACCAAGGGUCAGUUGCUCAGCCAUCAAAAAGGGUUGCGAGUCAUACAUUUUCUGGUAUCAAUGAUUUAUUCAUCACAUUCCCCUUCAUUUUGAAACAUUUUCUUUUAGAAAUAUUGUGGGUCGUGUAAGAAAACACAUUUGAUUUAUAAAGCGCUGUCAUGUAAAUAGUUAUUUAAAAAUAAAAACUAACCUGCCCUGC